CCCAAGUGAAACAGAAAGCAAAAGCCCUGCGGCCUAUAUUUGAUUCCUCUAGCCUAAAAUCAGGUUGUUUACCUAAGACCAGUCGUAACAAUUCUAUUACGGUAAGUUACGAGGGCUAACUAUGACGUUCAUCUUCAGAGCACGGUUAAAUAUCGUCAGACACCCUUAUCUACUAUGGAACAAGAUCUACCAAGCUUUCAAUCUGACGUUACUGCCCUGCAGCCACACUCUUGUACUUGUUGCCAGAAGCUGCUGAUCCAUAAUAUGUCGACCUAUGGUAGUGUUACAGGCAAGUUUUCCUAUACGAAAGUAGCAGAGAUGGCUUCCUCGGGUUGCCUGCUCUUCCAGACUUUACAAACAAAGUUCGACCGUGUCUCAUAUCCAGCUUGUCGAACACGUCAUGACUUGACUUUAGAACCACGAACUUGGAGUGAUGGUGAUAUAUUGCGGGGUCUAGGCUUCAGAUGGGAAAUGAAGCCAGAAGAUCAUCAAGUCAGGGGUUACGAGGACGAUGAAGAAGAGAAUAUGUUAUUCGCUUUGGUUCCAAAAGAUAAUCUUGCUCAUAAAUUUGUUGAGGCUUCGCCUUUCAAUCUGCAUCCUGGCUCGGCUGAAAGCUUCGCAUGGAUUAAAAAGCGGUUUCACAGAUGCCGACGCCGUCAUGUCGAAUGCGAAAAACGUGCCAGAGAGAAUCGACAAAACUUGGCUAUGCCGAAGAGACUACUGGACGUAGGUCAACUUGGUGACCCCUUCAUCAGGUUGUUGGAAGCAAGCGACGAUGCCAGAGUAUCCUUUGCUAUUGGCAGUUAUGUAUGGGGCAACGGCUUAAAAGAGGACGCUAUAAAACAAGCUCAAACGACCAAGGAAAACAUAGGCUACAGAAUAGCUUCUGGAAUCGAAGCCACAGGCCUACCAAAGAGCAUUCAGGACCUCAUCGAAGUCACGCGACAGAUCGGUCUUCGAUAUCUUUGGCUGGAUGCUUUCUGCAUUGUCCAAGAUGACAACGACGAUAAAGACCAUCAAUUUAACUCACUAGCUGAGUUUUACAAGCAGGCAGGCAUUCUAAUUUCAGCAGCAAGCGCUUCGGACUGCGGCGAGGGAUUUCUACAAUCCAGAACAGUUGAUCGGUGUUACGGCUCGAUCUUUGAGUUGCCUUACGAGUGGAAAGUUGAUGGCCACGAGACUCGAGGAUCCUUGCUCUUGUCGGAAAUGGACUUGGACGGUUCCACAGACAAUGACCCUGUGCAUAUGCGAAUUUGGACAUUUCAGGAACAUCUCGUGUCAUCGCGGGUCAUUAGCUUUGGCUCUCGACAGAUCAAGUGGACAUGCCAGCAAGAAAAGAAUUCUGUCGAUGGUGGCAAUUACCACGAAAUGAUAGGUGGCCUGGAGUACAACCUUAGAAUAGCAUUUUCCCCAUCUCGAUAUCCCUACGAGACUUUAGUGGAAAAGGGAUGGAGGGUUAUGAGUUGGAUGGAGAUCGUUGAGGAAUAUUCUAAGCGUGACUACUCUCGUCUAGAAGACAGGGUCCCGGCGUUUUAUGAAGCUAUGUCACUUUUAGCACCUCAUAUGGGCUGGACAAGAGAUCAGUUGAGGAACUUAAAGUUUCUGCAAAGGAUGGAAAACUUGGACCAUCGUGGUCUUGGGCGACAUUACCCGGCGGAGUCAUCUAUCGGCUCACAGCUUCGCCAACUGGGCGAUACUAAUCCAACUAUCGAAUUCCAGAAGAUUGAUGGUCAACCACCAUGCCUCACGAUAGAGGGUUUUGUUCAGGAAGCCGACUGGAUUGGGAAUUAUACAAUCGACGUACCAGCCGAGGAUGUCCAGCUCUUUCAAGUUGAUCUGGAUGUCGAAAUGCCACCACAGCCAGUAUUUUUGCUUGAUUUGUCCGCAUCCUAUACAUCACCAUUCAGCAUGGGGUUAGUUCUGGUAAAGAUUCCAGGAUAUCUGACGCGUUUUCAAAGGUGUGGCCGCUUCGAGGCUAUUGAAGUUAACCCAGAUGGGUCACAUAUACUCUUCUCAAAGAAAGGUGGAUCAUUCAAGACAAUUACGAUAAUCUAG